UUUAUAUUAGAAGCCGAUAGUAGUUUAGGUUAAACACGACCGAAUGCAGCGGGGCUUACGACCGAAUGUGGACAAUAACUUGUGUAAAUUUUACAAGGAAAAUACAGUGUGUGCCGUAGCGAGUCGUAACGGCGAUAUGUACUAUAUGAAAGUUCGUUACAAAUAUGAGAUGACGAAUACGACUGAAGUGAAAUCUGGACUUAAAGAGUGGCACGAGAAACUUGCUCAUCAAAACUUGUGAGGGAGGUACUUAAAAAUAAUAACAUUGAAGUGAAAGACUUGGAUUUUAAGUGUGAAAGUUGCUUGGAGGGCAAAAUUCAUCGAUUGCCUUUCAGUGCAAGUGAAAAUAAAACGAGUAAGCCGUGUGAGUUGAAACACGCGGAUACGUGCGGACCCAUGGAGGUGCCGUCCGUGGGAGGUUCAAGAUACUUUGUUAUACUGAAAGAUGACUACUCAAACUACAGGUCAGUGUACUUUGUUAAAGGCAAAGAUGAAAUGUACUGAAAACUUUUUGUACAAGGUCGAAAAUGUAACCAAAAACAAAGUACUGUGUUUUAGAAGUGAUAACGGGUUAGAGUUUGUUGUUGUCCAUAUUGAAUGAGAAUACGAAGAUUAGAAGAAAGAAAAAAGAAAGCGUCGAAGUCGAGUUCUGAAAAUAAAGCCUUGAAAACGGAUAUCAGGAAAGCUGUGCAUGAUUUUUAAUAGAUGAUGAAUAUACUAGAUUAACUGCAGGUAAAAAUGAAACAAUAACUAGGAAAUAAAGCAAACGGCAAAUUCGUUUAUUAAAUGACACACUUUUAAACUUACACAUAAUAUUUAAACGCAAAACUGGAUUUAAUAUUUCUUAUCAGACUUUUAGAAGAUAUCGACCUUUUUGGGUUCUGUUUCCAAAAGCAGUAUCACGAAACACCUGUCUGUGUACGUUACACGAAAAUAAUGAUCAAAUAAUUCGAUCACUUCAAAAAUCUAAAGUUGUUUCUUACGGAUCUGCUUCCGAUGCUAUUAAGGUAUUGUGUUGUAGUAAUACAGUGACUCCUAAAUGUUUAGAGAGAGAGUGUCAGAGCUGUCUUAAUAAGAAACUGGUUUUUAACGAAAACGAUUAUAUAACUUAUGAUAGAUGAGUUACAAAAGAUGUGGAUGUAAUUAUCAAAGGUGCACAGAAAAAAUGCAAGAAAUGUUUAAAAGAAACUGUUAAAACUACGAUAGGUGCUCUCGUAAAGUUACUUCAUACAAAUUUACCAAUAUUCAUGCAACAUGUAGCUAAUAUGAUUCAUCAAAUAAGAUCAAUACAAACAUUUAAACAACAAUUAACGUCUUUUGCAUAUAGAUUUUACUGAAAAUUAUACAUGUAAAUAUAGCGCUGAGGUUCAGUCGGCUCACUUUGGUGGCUCUAAGCCUCAAUUGUCUCUUCAUACUUGCGUUUAUUAUAGCGUGGCUGAAUUUCCGAAUGAUGGUUUUCAAACUACGUCCAUGUGCUCUAUUUCAAAAAAUUUGCGCCAUGAUCCUGUUAUGAUCUGUGCCCACCUUAAACCGAUCCUACAGCGAAUUAAAGAAAUUAAUCCAAAUUUAACAGAACUACAUAUUUUGAGUGACGGCCUAACAACCCAAUACCGAAACAAAACUAUGUUUUUUUUAAUUGUUAAAUUCAUUAGUCGAGAAUUAAAUGAUGUGACCGAUAUUGUUUGGCACUACAGUGAAAAAGGGCGUGGCAAAGGUGCUCCAGACGGAGUAGGUUGGCUGUGUCAAAAGGCUGUGUGAUAGUUCAGUUGCAAUGGAAAGAGAUGUCUCUGACUAUGACUCACUUCUGGCAUGUUUAAAACAGAAUUGUAAAGGUAUAGAGAUUUACGGUAUAGGCGAUCCAAAUGUUCAAGACAUUCAAGAAAUGGUCGACAAGAAUACGAUGAAAGCUUAUAAAGGGACAUUUAAGAUUCAUUAACUUUCUUGGAAUCGAAAUGAACCAAAUAUUUUACAUGUAAGAAGGCUUAGUUGUCUGUCUUGUGCAACAAAUGCUGUAUGUCCACAUUAUGAAAUUGGCCAGAUAAAGGUUCCGUCCGAUAUUGGACAAUCACAUAGUCCGUUGAGUAUUGCUGACGCAAUGGACGUAUCUCCGAGAAGUGACGACACAGCCAAUGCUUCUACAAUAACUUUUAGGUCAAAUCAGGUUCCACCUGAAGAAGGUACUUCUCAUACUCACCCAUUACGUGCAAAGAAAAGAUUUUUCCUGUCAGACUCUGAUGAUUCCGAUGUAAGUAUUACUCUCCCAUUACGUCUCAAUAAAAUACCUAGGUUUCGAUCGAGCCCUGAUGACUCUGAUGUAAUUUUUAGUCCACGCGAUCGUCAUCCAUUAUCCACAGACAACAGUGGUGAAGGCGACUUCAUUGUACGACCUCAUCAGUCUCAAAAACCUUUCGUCGAUCCCUACUCUGAUAGUGACAAUAAUGAAUAAAAAAAAACAUAUUAUUCUAGCGUGUUACAAAUGACGCUUGUAACAUCUUAGAAUAUAGAUUAGUAUUUUUUUACGAUCCCAAUAUUUCCCAGUUAUGUUUAUUCCAUUAUUUUAUGUUUAGUUUGGUUGAUAUAUUAUGUUUGAUUUAAGUCAACCGAAAAUAAAAUCCCUUCUGUGGACAUAAAUUCAUAAUUUUUUAAAACGACAGGAUUGUUUAUUUUUAUGACAUUUUUGUUAUUUAUUGAUAUCGAAAUAAUCAUAUUUAACUCAAGUACAUAUACUAGCGCCUUCUGGUGGCAACACUAAAUAACUAGCUUACUACUAAAAUAACAUUUGUCCAAGUCUAUGAUAUUUUUUUUAUUAUCUGUGCCAUCUCUGUAUUCCGUUGUGAGAAAAUAUAAGCUGCGUGUUUAAAAGUACUCUUUUGUUUUAAUUAUAAAUAAUAGGUUAUGGGCCCAGCUUGGCAAUAAUUUAGCUAGGGACAGAGCAGUGGUUGAGUGCUAUUAGGGAAGAACUGGACUGUUUUAGUGAAAAUGAUGCGUGGGAGUUGGUAGAUGCUCCUAGUGCGGGUACAGUAGUGAAGUGCAAGUGGGUUCUUAAAAAGAAAUAUUGUGACAAACAAGUGAGAUAUCGUGCACGGUUAGUCGCGAAGGGAUUUACGCAAAGACCUGGUGUGGACUAUGACGAGACAUUCUCUCCUGUUAUAAGACAUUCAACUUUACGUUAUUUAUUUGCAUUGAGUGUACAGCUUGAUAUGGACAUUACUCAUCUUGAUGUAACUACUGCAUUUCUUAAUGGUCAUUUAAAGGAAACUAUAUUUAUGCAAUUACCUGAAUGUUUCCCAAAUGUUGAUUGUAACAAGGUUCUUAGAUUAAAAAGAGCUAUAUAUGGUCUAAAACAGGCUUCUCUAGCCUGGUAUGAUGAGUAAAUGAAACUUUAUGUAAUUUAGGUUAUGUGAAGAGUGAAGUUGAGCUUUGUGCAUUUUUAAAAGAUUGUCAAAAUGGAAAAAAGGUGAUAGUUGGUCUUUAUGUUGACGAUUUCCUUAUUUUUUCAAAUGUAAAGUCGGAAACUAAUAAACUUAUUGAAACCUUAAGUGCUAAAUUUAAAAUUAAAAAUCUUGGUGAUGUCAAACAGUAUCUAGGAAUGAGAGUUAAUGUUGAUAGAAAAAAUUGUGUAGUAACCCUUGAUCAGGAACAUUAUAUUGAGCAGUUGAUGCAAAAGUUUAACAUGACAGAUUGUCACACAGCAGAAACACCUAUUGAAUGUAAACUAAAUGUUGAAAAAUCUAGUGAGUGUAAAGAUAAUAUUCCAUAUUAAAGGUUAAUAGGAUGUUUAAUGUAUUUUGCUGUGUUGACUAGGCCAGACAUAGCAUACUCUGUCAGUUACUUAUCACAGUUUAACAAUUCCUAUUCAGAUGUUUAUUUUGGUAUGUUAAAAGGGUUCUAAGGUACCUGUAUAAGACUAAGGAUUACUGUUUGAAAUACUCCCAAAGAACAGCGGAUUUGAUUGGUUAUGUAGACGCCGAUUGGGCUAGUGACGCGUUAGAUAGACGGUCAUAUACAGGUUUUUGUUUUCUAAAAAAUGGGUCUGCUAUUUCUUGGGAAAGCAGAAAGCAACGCACAGUGGCAUUAAGUAGCUGUGAAGCAGAAUAUAUGGCUUUAUCGGAAGCGUAUCGAGAGGCCAUAUAUCUGCGUAGAUUGGAAACUGAGAUGGUAGGGUCUUAUAAUAAAAUAAUUUUGUGUAAUGAUAGCCCGAGUGCGUUAAAACUUGCUAAUAGUCAUCAGUCUCACAAGAGGUCCAAACAUAUAGAUGUACGUUAUAAUUUUAUAAAAGAAGUAAUUGAUAAUGAGAUUGUUGAAACUAAAUAUGUUAGGACUUGUCAGAUGCCUGCUGAUUUAUUGACGAAAGGUUUGUCGAGGGCGAAACAUUAUAAAUUUAUGGAAACUUUGGGACUUGUAAAAAUUUAAUUUUGUUCUUUGUACACUUUUGAGUUGUAAGUUUUUAUGUUAUUUCUUUAUCUUUUAUUUCGAUAUAGUGGGGGUGUUAUUUAUUGAUAUCGAAAUAAUCAUAUUUAACUCAAGUACAUAUACUAGCGCCUUCUGGUGGCAUCACUAAAUAACUAGCUUCUAUGAUAUUUUUUUUUUAUUAUCUGUGCCAUCUCUGUAUUCCGUAGUGAGAAAAUAUAAGCUGCGUGUUUAAAAGUACUCUUUUGUUUUAAUUAUAAAUAAUAAUUUUUAAUGUGAAGAUGACUAACACAACCGAAUUGUUGUAAUUUUAAGGAAACAACUUUUGUGGACAGUUAUAAAUUAAAAUAUUGAAUAAUUUAUUCAGAUCAAAGUUUUGAUCUUUGAUAAUAUUUUUAGUAUGAUUAUUUUAUGUUUCUACAAAAUAAAUGCUGAUUGGAACCAAACAAAUAUGACUUUGUUUUUUUUUUAUUUUUGAAACCCAAGUUUGUUUAUGACCCAGAUGUAAUGUUUACUCGGCGAUUCCUUACAGGGUGUUCAUGGGGCGGUGGCUCUAAAAACGCUACAUCUAAAAAACAUUGUUUUAAAGCUUACAGUCGAGUUAUUACCUUGUUCUUUGAGGUUAUUAAACACUCAGAUAAAUCGGUUACUUUAUUAGAGUGUGAGACGUUUUUUAAAAAUAUUUUGAAGAAUUCCGAAAGGAGAAAUGCAUCUGAAAUGUUGUGAGCCUCAGCUACCAAAACCAGGGUAAAAGGGAAGGGAAAGGGCAAAAAAAGUAAUCCGAGUAUUGCUACCUCCCAACCUGUGUUGAGUUCGUCUGACCCAUUCCCGGAAACGACAGGGUCAAAGUCCGAACCUGGUCAGCCUGGUGCGUUGUAGGUAACGGCAGCUCAGGGAUAUUUUCUUCGUGCAUGCUGUCACAAGUCUGAUUUUUUAAUUAAUUUUUAGUCAUUUUAUAUUAUAAUUUAAAGUAAUUUUGCGUAGAGGUACCCCACGAAAUUUAAAUUUUCUCGUGUUUUUUAUAAUUUUUUUAUAACUAUUAAUUUAUUUAUAAUUAUGUAAAUUCAUACUUUUCAUUGUCACGAGUUAUAUUUUGAUUAAGUUUACCACAUUGAACUAAAAAGUGGGGUACCUCUACGCAAUUGUAGAGAGUAUCGUAUUUUUAAGAUGUCAUAAUUUUGAAUUUUCUAAGAGCUAAAAAAUGUGAAAACAGCAAAGUAAGUAUAAUAACACUUCAAUGGUAACUUAAAUUAUAUCAUAAGAUAGUGAAAUAAUGAUGAACUUCCACAGCAAGCAAGAACUUUUAUAGGUUAUAAAUUAUAGAUGUUUGUUUUGGUGCAGUUUUGUGAUCAUAAAAGAUAAUAAUUUGUUUACUUUUGCAGGUCUGCAAGGGAAUCAUAUGGAGAUGAAGCCAUUGGAUAUGUGCAACUGCGUCGCGAGUUAGGUCUUUGCACAAUGAAGUGUAAGAUUUGUCCUGAACACAAGGUGAGGAGCAGCUCUUAAAACGUUACGAUGGUGAUAGACGAGAAUAAGGGUGAAAUUGUUAACUGUCAGUGCUUGGACUGUGCAACUUCUGCUGGUGGCUGUAAACACGCAGUGGCAUUCCUCAUGUGGACCCAUCGUCGCACAGAGGCCCUUCUUGCACUGAGGUGGAAUGUUACUGGAAGAAACCAAGGCUCUCCAGAGUAGGUACGACCUUGAAAUAUGUGACGGUGGAACAGUUGUGCAAGCAAGCUCCACAAUGUGAAACCAAUACUAGCGUCUUCACAGAGUUUAUUCAAGAGGCAAAAAAAGGAAAAUUACAAACUGUGAACUAUUGAAAUGUCAACCAGAUUUUAAGCACAGUGAUGUCAGACAGUUUUCUUUUCAUAACUUUCUUAUGCAAGCCAGUGAUGAGCUAAAUAAUGAUGUUGACCAAGUAUUAGAGUCAUUAACAGCGACUCUUAAUGACAAUGUUCUGGCUGAAAUAGAAACUGCCACAAGAAAACAGUUAAUAAUCCUCUGUGGCAUGAACUUCGUUAUGCUCGUAUCACAGCAUCCAAAGUUUUUUAUGUAAGUCGCUGCCGAACAUCAGAUGGAUCUUUAGUAGCUGCGAUCAUGGGAGCAAAAACCCCAGACACGCAUGCCAUGAAAAGGGGCCGAAAACUAGAAUCUUCAGUGAUAAAAACUGUGCAAAAUAUUCUGAAAAAGAGAGUGAAGCCCUGCGGACUGUUUCUGUCACCUCAGUACCCCAUGAUUGCUGCAUCUCCAGAUGGAAUCUGUAAAGAUGCUGUAAUUGAGGUCAAGUGUCCGACAAGUGAGAAUACCGAAACUAAUUACAUUCGUAAUGGCAACAUUUCAGAAAAGUACCUAGCUCAAAUUCAAGUGCAAAUGUUUGUCACCAAAAUGAGGAAAGGUUAUUUUGUGUCGCUCACCCUGACUUUAAACAUUAAAAAAAAGUGAAUGUUACUGUGGUUGACUAUGACAGUGUAUAUGUAAAUAAUUUUUAUUAGUGCGAAAUAGUUCCUCUCCUCCAUCAGUUGUUUAUAAUUGUUUUAUUCAUUUUUUUACGAUGAGUGAUAAAGAAGAUGAUGACCGUUCACCUCGUUCGACCCCACCUAAAAAAAUACCCAAAAAAGGCGGAUGGACACGAAAAAAGGAAGGUAACACGUCAUCACAGCAUCGCUCACAGAAUUUUAGACAACAGUGGUUAAAGGAUCCAGCUUUUAAAGACUGGUUGUUACCAGACACCAAUGAUACAACAAAAGCUAAAUGUGCGUUUUGCCCCGGAACAUCAAUGGUAGCUGAAUUAUCUAAUUUAAAUAAACCUGGAUCUAGUGGGAAAACGCAAUCGCAAUCAUUAACGUCGCUAGGAUUCCAGAAAGGUAUAACUCCACAAAAUAAAGAAAAAGUCGUGCAGAAAUUAAACUUGCUGCAUUUUUUGCGGAACAUAACAUUGCGUUCUCAGUGGCUGAUCAUUUGACGGCUUUAUUAAAAGAAGUUGUGACGGAUUCUAAUCAAGGAAAUUGAACUUAAACGAACCAAAGUAACAGGUAUAGUAAAGAACGUUCUAGGAGGAGGUCAUAAAGCAGAUUUAGCUAAAAAACUUCAGUCAAAAUAUUUUUCUGUGAUGACGGACGAAACAACCGACGUUUCUACGAUCAAAACUGCUUGCGUUGUGGUGCGCUACUUUGAUCAAGAAGCUGAAAAGAUAUGUAGCGCAUUUUGGGAGUUGUACAAAGUUUUUAAGGAAGGAGUUGAUGCUGAUGAUAUUCCCACAGCCAAUGCUAAGAAUUUAUACAGAGCUCUUAUCGACUCACUAACCAACCAUGAUGUUCCAUUGACAAAUGUGAUAGGUUUUGGGUCGGAUGGGUGUAACGUCAUGAUGGGUGAUAACGUCUCUGUAAAAACAAGAUUAAUGCGUGAUUUUCCAGGAAUCGUAAUAGCAAAGUGCGUUUGUCACUGGGCCCAUUUGUGUGCCAGUAAAGUUUGUAAACAGUUGCCUGAAGGAGUAGAACAACUAGCUCGCGAUAUUUACAUUUUUUUUAAACAUAGUGACAAACGGCUUUUUGUUUUUCGUAACUUUCAGUCGUUUGCUACAGUUGAACCCCACAAAAUUUUGAAACCGUCGCAGACAAGAUGGCUUUCUUUAUUAUCAGUAGUUGAAAGGAUAUUAGAGCAAUGGGAGGCCCUACGUCUCUUUUUUAUCGAUAUUACGACAAAUCCUGCACAAAGAGCAAAAGCCGAUGUAAGAAACAGAGCUGUAGUUAUUCUUGAAAAACUCAGCAAUCCAUUCUACAAGCUUUAUUUCUGUUUCCUUGAAUGGUCGCUUCCUUUAUUUAAUAAAUUCAAUCUGGAAUUUCAUCACAAUCUACAUGAGAAAAUUCGUACACUCUACCAGGAAAUCCUAUUGCGUUAUUUACAACGCGAAUACGUCAUGAGGACAAAUCUAGGUGAAAUAAACCCUGAAAGCCAGCGACAUCAGCUCCAUGACGCUGCAUUGUAUUUAGGCGUCAAAGUGUACGAGCUCUUGAAGCAUCCAGAUGUGGUCAGAAAGCCUGCCGAUAUUACUCAGUUCUUUUCAUGCUGCAAACAUUUCUACAAAGUUGCAGCCACCGAAAUCAAAAAACGGUACAACAUGGAGGAUCCUAUUUUGUCCAAGCUACAAGUUUCUGAACCUGCGUCAGCGCUCUCCCACAAUUUCAGGAGAUGUUUCCCUACACUUAUGCCUCUUAUUAAAUUGGUCCCCCGUAUAAUCGCACCACCUGAUAAUGCAAAGAAACAAGUCAUUGAUGAUCAAUGGAGGAAUUUGCCUAAUGCAAAAGCUCGCCAUCCUGAAGGGUUGAAUGAACUAAGUGAGCCAGCAGGGGCGUAGCUACCGCCGUAUCUGCCGUAUCAAUUAUACGGGGCCCCCGGGCCACGGGGGCCCCAAAGUGUGUAAGGAAAAAGAAAUAAAAACUUCCUAAUUUAUUUUAUUUUACAAAUGACAAAAUUCUAUAAAGCAAUUACUUUUUAUCCCGCCUUAAGCGUGCGUUCAAAAGUUGGCAACACUCUACAACGUUAUGGCGGGCUGCGGGACUUCCCCGUUUUACUUACUUCAUCUGCAACUCAGCGGGGAAUCCCUCAAUAAUAAAGUCGAUAUCGCGAUAUACGUGUACGUACAUACUCUACAUUGGAUGUUAAACCACGGAGUGCAGUGCAGUGUUUAUUCACGCGUUUUAUGUAAUUGUGCAUUACAUUGUAAUUCAGUACAAACAAUAUUGUUCUUCUGGUUUAACAAUAUUAGUAGCGAUUUGUAAGAGAAAUGAGUGAAAGGAAAAGAGAUUAUCCCAGCGGUGCUGAGAAAAGAAAAAGUAAACGGAAAAGGGAAGAGGUUAUAAAAAAAGUGCCCAAAAUUUCUUCAUUUUUUCAGAGACAAGAUACUGUGAGUGAUUUAGAUUGGAAAGAUUCUUCUGAAGCACGUUCUUCGUCAAAUAUCCAUUCGGAAAUAGAAGAAAGCCAAGCACAUACUUCAUCGGAUGUCCAUCCAGAAAUUGAAGAACACCAAGUCAACGAUUCUGAUAUAUUUGAAGAUUGUAAUAUAAUUUCAU